AUUGUGCAGAGAGAGAGAGAGCAACGCUCGGUCCGGCGAGGAGGAGCUGGAACCGUGUCGCCUCCGGGAGCGAGGCGCCAUGGGCGAUCUGAAGGAGAUGAAGUACAGGCGGAGGGUCGCGCUGGAGGACCGCGCGCAAUGCAGCGACCCGAGGGCCGCCGACUGGGGCCUGCUCAAGCAGGACCCCGUGGAGCUGCUGCGCAAGCUGGACGAGCUGCGGGACCAAAUCACGCGCUCCUGCCAGGUCGCCGACCAGCCGCCGCGGGAGCACCGCCGGGCGGGGCGCCGGGCGGCCUCGCUGAUCCCCGACUACCCCGAGCCGCCACCGCCGCCACCUCCUAUACCCGGGUACCACCGCUCGCGCUACGGUGCCCGCUACGGGCACGGCUUGCCGUUGCCGCCGAGCCCGUGCGAGCAGCUGUACCCUGAUCACGGGGAGAGGUACGCGAGGCAGUCAAGUGGGCGGUACCGCCAGCAGUACCCGGGGAGGCAGUGGGAGAACGGUGGGGUUGGACACGGCAGUUCUUACAACCAGUACGCCUGCGCUAGCCCCCAGUACCUGCAUGGUGGACACAGGGCUGCGCCGCCAGAAGAGCACAUACCCAUGGCCAGGUACUUCGCUGGGCAGCAUGAGGGCUUCCGGUUCGAGAGGUCACCGUCCGUGUCGUCAGAUUAUGACCAAAGGUCUGUGGCAUCCUCGCUGUACUCGCACCGGUCCGUGUCGAAGAAGAGGGACGAGUAUUUUAGGAAGAGGGCAAACCAUCUCUGCCGGCCGGUGCAUGGUGCUGCGCCGUUUGUUGUUUGUGGCUCUUGCUACCAUCUGUUGCAGGUGCCUAUGGAGAAAUGCAUGGGGUGGAAACAAACCCGGAUGCAGUGCGGGUCUUGCUCUGAGGUAAUCAGUUUGAAGCGCAUGAAAGGAGAAGCUGUUGCCUUUACACAGUCAUCAUCCUUCAGUUUGUCAAAAGCUGAGCAGAGCUCACAUGACCAAAUGAGACGAGACUUUGAUCAGCAAAAUCAUGACGAUGUCGCUUCUGCGUUCUAUAAUUUGAACGAGCACAGCAGCAUGCAAAUCAACAUCGAUUUCGGUGAUGAUAAUUCAGCUUCUUCCAGCAUUAGCCAUGACAGGACUGACAGAGAAUGUGGCUCAAACAGGAGCAUUCAGUCGAGAGCAGAUGCUAUUUCUCAGUCUCCAGGCAGGUCUGGAGACAUUGAGAGCCCAAAGGAUAUAUUAUGUGAAAGAGAUGCAGAUUAUCAGGUGGAACAUUCAGUAGAUUGUCCAGUCAGCCCAUAUUCCCCGGUUGUAGAGGACAAACUUGUUGAUCCAUUGUGCAGCCAAGAACAGCAUAGUAAUUCUGAGGACCUAGGUGCGGAUAAUAGAUCUGAACUAAAUCGCAAAGGGCAAUGCAAUGCUAGUGAUCAUGAUAGUCUUGGCACAGGAAGUGAACAAGAGGUCAAUGAAGAUGAACAUGAACGAAAGAGAAAGGAGGGUCACUGUUGUAGCCUUGACGAUGUUAGCGAAAUGCACAGGCAGAAUAGUACAAAAGAUGACACUGAUAGUCCUGAGAAUGGAAAUCAAAAGCAUGAGUGGGCAAGCAAAAAAGAUGUCACAAGCAGUCCUGAAAGUGAAAGUAUGUGCAAGAAAUAUAACCAGAACAGCAAAGAAGAUGAAACAAGCGGCCUGGAAGUUGAGAACACAAGUAGGGAGUUUGAUGAGAACAACAAAGAUGACUCCUACAGCGUCCUUCAACAUGCCAACACUGCCCCUGAAGCUGCACUUACAAGUGAGAGAUACGAAGAAAAUAUAAUGGAGCAAGAUAAUGGGAAAUUGCAUCAACCAUGUGUUGAGGAUGCCAAUGCUCAAACAGAGAGUGGGUCAUCAGUUAAUGGGCGAACAAAUUCUGGUUUCUCUCGUGGUUCUUCUGAGGCUGGGUUAGAUGAAGACCAAUCCUCAACUGGUAAGAGUGGGGAUUCGUCAUUUUUUGCUGGUUUCUUGAAGAAGGGCUUCAAGUUUAAUCAGUCCAUGGAAAGUGUUAAGGUUUCAAUUAAUGGACAUCCAAUCUCUGAAAGAGCUCUUAAGAAGGCAGAAAAGAAAGCUGGUCCCGUCGAGCCUGGUUCUUACUGGUAUGACUGCCGUGCUGGAUUUUGGGGUAUCAUGGGGAGAGAAUGUAUUGGCAUUAUUCCUUCAUUUAUUAGAGAAUUCAAUUAUCCAAUGUCCAGAGAUUGUGCUGGUGGGGAUACUGAUGUCAUUGUCAAUGGCAGAGAACUACACCAGAGAGAUCUAGAAUUGCUUGUAGGUAGAGGGCUUCCACGUAUCUCUGGCAAGUCAUAUACUAUUGAGAUUUCUGGAAAUAUUACCGAUGAAACUGGAGCGAAGCUGCGCAGUCUUGGCAAACUUGCUCCCACAAUUGAGAAGCUGAAGCGUGGUUUUGGUAUGCACGUCCCUGAAGAAUUUAGGUAGCCGGAUGUAAAACCGGGUUCCUGCAUUGCAAAUAAUGGGUUCAAUCACUUCCCCCGUAGCUACCUGUUGGAGGCCAAAUUUGCGAUUUCUACUAAUACUGACAUCGAAGCUUUUUAAGUAGUACUUCAGGUGUUGGUGUGCAGCAGAUGUGGUAGUAAAGAUCACAUGAUCUUGUGGUUUUACUAUAUGAUGACUCUUUUGCUGAAAGCAAUGUAUGAAAAUGAUUCAAUCUGCCAGGCAGCUUAAUUCCUCUGCAGCCUGUACAUGGUGUUUCGUACGUGUGUUGGUGUCUUGUCGA